CUUCCAGGAAGAGAGACGGCGGUCUACCUGACUGUCGCCGUGGAGUUCGUUUCGCGUUGUUGUGUGGUGGCAGGAAGCCAUGAGGGUGCUGAUAUUACUGACUGCCGUGGUUGGGGCUCUGUCUCAAGGCACCCUGCCUCCAUCCUUAACCUGUGUCAUCGAGGGCGACAAGCUAUCCCAAGAUGCACUACAAUUUAUCAACGACGAUCAUCCCCACGGAUACAAGUACCAGCUCAACAAGACCCGGUCCAGCAACCUUGAAAAGGAUGACUCUGGUUGUGAGUACCACCUUGAACUGGAUUUGGAGGAAACCAAGUGCCACGUCAUUGAUCCCAAACCGCUUGACCAGUGCAAGCUCCGAGAGCAGGAGGAAAUGAAAGUGAGGGCAAAUUGCAACGUGACCCUGUCUGUCACUGACGGGAAGACAAGACUAAAGAAGUAUUCAUGCAACUGUGCACCAGAUUCGGCAGAGGAUUUAGUGGCCAUGUGCCCCGACUGUCCCACUCUGCUCUCCCUAAAUGACUCCCAGGGCCUGAAGAGCAUCACGCAGGCCCUGCAGAAGUUCAACCAGGAGUCCAACGACACCGCCCUCUUUAAACUGAUGGAGGUCGGCAGGAUCUCCACGCAGUACAUGAUGUUGGGGCAGUCGUUCUUCGCCGAGUUCGCCAUAGUGGAAACGGGCUGCACACGAGGGGCGGAAGCCUGCCUGCUCCUGUGUCACAGCAACGCUCGGCAUGGCUUCUGCAGCUCCACAGUCCUGGGAAAUGACGAAGUCAGUGUGGACUGUGAGAUCUAUGAUACGCAGAACAAGACGGGCUUAGGGCACCAUCAUCAUCAUCAUCAUCAUCAUCAUCAUCAUCACCCUGGUGGUCCCUGCGGUCAUCCGUUCAUGCCUGGGCAGCACACCCGCCCGGCUUUCCCACCCCCUCGCCCCCCCCAUCAUCCGGGCCGGCCUGGGGGGCAUGCACACCCCACUGGCCCACCCUUUCACCGCCCCCAUCUUCCGGGCCGGCCUGGGCAGCACGGACUCGCCGGCCUACCCUUUGACCACCCCCAUCACAGGCAUCCCCCCCUUUUCCUCCAUCUCUUCCCUCGGUGCUCCGGCCAGCUCCAAAUGCACCCCUCCAUCUACCCCAUCUGCCCUCCGCCCCCAUUGGACCCCUCAAGUGACUCUACUAUUCACCGCCCAGGAGGGCCCCCAUUCUAAUGCCUGACUCUGGGUUCAAGGGGUUGUGGUCAAUCUCAGUUUUGUCCAUUAUUUCUUUUUCAGUGAUAUCAGGAUGUAUUUCUUUAGAUAGGUAGAGGUGUCCACAAGCAUCCUGGUUUUAGUAUGUAAAAUGCCCACAAAUUGUUCGCAAAGAGCGGUGAGUCCCUUACCCUGUCCCCAGAGCACAAUUCACCGUCCUGUUUUGUCAUCCGAUAAUUAUGCAAAAACAUGUCACUCGAAAUCUCCAGGACGACAAGAAAGGCUCAAAACCAUGAAAAAAUAUGCAUGUUGACCUUUAACACUGUGUUGGCUGCAACCAUUUUGUUUGCACAAAAGAAGUCAAUAGAACCACCAACUAACUGUCUAUAUAAACAAAGCUUCCAUAUAACCUCAUCGCUCACAACCUGAAAAUUCAUGACAAUAAUGUUAUAAAAUAAAGUUAUGUGAAAACUUUG